AUGAGGUUCGACGACCAGAAGCUGCUCAUCGCAAACCGUGGCGAGAUCGCCCUCCGCAUCCUCCGCACCGCACGAAAACUUGGCCUUCACACUAUCUCGAUCUACUCUCCCGCAGAUGCGACCGCACCCCACGCCUCGGUCGCGGACCAAUCUGUCCCUCUUCGCGAAAGCCUCUCGUACCUGGAUGUCGACGAGGUCGUGCUUGCUGCCGUAAAGUCUGGCGCGACGCUCGUGCAUCCCGGUUACGGAUUCCUCUCCGAAAACGCAGAACUCGCGAGAAAACUUGAUGAGCAUGGCAUCACGUUCCUGGGGCCGAGCGCGGAAGUGAUACACAAGAUGGGGUUGAAGCACGAGGCGCGGACGAUGGCGAAGGAGGCAGGGGUACCUGUCGUACCUGGAACUGAGGGGCUGGUCACGUACGUACGCGAUGCGGUCAAGGCGGCGGAUUUGAUCGGGUGGCCGGUUAUGUUGAAGAGUACCGCAGGGGGAGGUGGCAUGGGACUGGUCGUCUGCAAUGACGCGAAACAGCUGGAGGACAAGUUCGAGGCUACGAAAGGUCGGGCCAAAUCCCUGUUCAAGAACGACGGCCUCUUUCUCGAACGUUACAUACCGUCCGCUCGACACAUCGAAGUACAGGUCUUCGGCGAUGGCCACGGACACGCGAUACACAUGGGCGAACGCGAGUGCAGCGUCCAACGAAGGCAUCAAAAAGUCCUUGAAGAGUCACCAAGUUCGUUCAUGGACAAACAUCCAGACGUACGACAGAAGAUGUAUGAUGCAGCGGUGAAGCUAUGUCAGUUAAUCAAGUACGGAUCUGCGGGGACAGUCGAGUUUAUCGUGGACGAUUCGACUGCCGAGUUCUUCUUCCUGGAGAUGAAUACCCGCCUGCAAGUCGAACACCCGAUCACAGAGGCCGUUCAUCCCGGUCUUGACCUCGUAGAGCUCAUGAUUAAGCAAGGCAUCGCGGAACGCGCUGGCGUCCACCUAGCGCCCGAUCUCAUGGACCAGUCACGCUAUGGAUCGAACACCGCACAACUUCACGCCAUCGAAGCGCGGGUGUACUGCGAGAACCCUGCAGCCAACUUCAAGCCAUCGCCUGGGGUGCUCCAACUCGUAGAAUUCCCGAAAGAAGACUGGCUCAGGCUCGAAAACUGGGUUGGCACCGGCACUACGGUUACACCCUUUUACGAUCCGCUGGCAUGCAAGCUGAUCGUUACCGGUACUUCACGAUCUGAGGCUGUCUCGCGUCUGAAGCAGGCUCUAUCGGAAACAAAGAUUCUCGGUUCGCCGAACAACGUCUCGUACCUCGACGCUGUAUGUAGCUCGAAGACUUUCCAGCACGGGAACGCCAUGACCACAUUUUUGGAGCACUUCAAGUUCACGCCCAGAGCAAUGGACGUCAUUGCGGGCGGGGUUGAGACCACCGUUCAAGAUCUGCCUGGGCGCCUGACCGGGCUCGGUAUGCCUCGUAGCGGGCCUAUGGACCCCAUGGCAUUCAUGGCGGCGAACGCGCUCGUUUCGAACGACGUCAACGCCGAAGCUCUCGAAGUUACUCUCACCGGUUGCAAACUGUACUUCCACGCAUCAACCGUCGUCGCGGUUUGCGGUCCUCCGGUAUCGCUGACUAUCAACGGGGAGCCGGAGAAGAUAUGGACGAAGGUGGUGGUACCGGCGGGCGGCAGGCUGGUCGUCGGGACCUUGAAGGAGAAAGGGAUGAGAGUUUACGUUGGAGUGAGGGGCGGGUUCCCGGGGAUACCGAAGUAUCUGGAAUCGAAGUCCACAUCCAUGGGAUUAGGAGGGUAUCAGGGACGCUCAUUGACUGCCGGUGAUCAUAUCGAGCUGGGCGAUUGCGCACCAAAAGACGACGAGCUAGGGGCCGCGCCGAUACCAUCAUCAUUGAUUCCUGAUUACCCGGAUGCAUGGGAGAUACUAUGUCUUGCCGGCCCACACGGUGAUGAGGAUUUCGUCACGCCCGCGGGUGUUGAAGCGUUCUACUCGACGAACUGGAAAGUCAGCGCAUCUAGCAAUCGCAUGGGGAUUCGGCUAGAGGGACCCAAGCUUCAGUGGGCUCGUCCGAAUGGUGGAGAAGGCGGUUCGCAUCCCAGCAAUAUCCAUGAUAAUGGCUACGCCCUCGGCUCCAUCAACGUCAACGGCGACACGCCCGUCAUAUUGACUAACGAAGGUCCGGACAUGGGCGGUUACGUAUGUUUCUGCACUGUCGCCACCUCAGAAAGGUGGAAGCUAGGGCAACUGCGCCUGGGGUGCACCAUUCGCUUCCGGCGCAUAUCAUUCGAAAAGGCCUCGGGGCUCACUCGGCUCCAACACGAUUGGAUAUCAGCAGUGCAAGACCACGUACGAACCGGACAAUCGACGUGGCCCGUUCGUGGCGCAGACGAACCAGAAUCUGAAGUAUCCUCGCAUCCCAAGCUGCUGAUUCUGGAACCGUCACUGUCGAAUCCGCGACCAAGGGUGGUUUUCCGGCAGGCCGGCGACUCGGCCGUUCUGGUGGAAUAUGGGCCGAUGCUUCUUGACUUCGCCAUGCGUGUUCGCGUUCACGCUCUGGAGGGUGGAGUGCUUCGUCGCCAAGUCAACGGCAUCCGUGGUUUUGCGCCAUGCAUACGAUCAACUAUGGUACACUACGAUCCCCUGGAAAUUUCGCAGGACAAUGUCCUCUCUAUACUGGUCGAGGUUGAGAAAUCUUUGCCUAACACCUUGGAAUCUAUGGAGUUCCCUGGGCGAAGGAUUACCCUUCCCAUUGUGCUGGACGAUCGAUGGAAUAGGGAGGCUCUGGAACGCUACAUGCGGAGCAUACGGGACAAAGCGGUGUACUUGCCCAGCAACGUAGAAUAUCUCGCCAAGAACAAUGGACUGGAUGGAGGAGAGGCCGAGGCUUUGAAGCUCCUCGUGCAAUCAGACUUCCUCGUGUUUGGCGUCGGGUUCUAUCUAGCUUGUCCGUUCCUCAUACCCAUAGACCCCAGAUGCCGGCUCGUCGCGCAGAAGAUGAACCCGUCGCGGACGUAUACUCCCCGGGGGGCCAUCGGCAUCGCUGGUUUGGUAGCAGCCAUAUAUCCCGUCGAGUCUCCGGGCGGUUAUCAGCUGUACGGUCGGACUCUACCGGCUUGGCAGACAUGGGGCAAAGGACCAGAUUUCCAACCCGACAGGCCUUGGCUACUGAACGCGUUCGACCAAGUGAGUUUUCCUUCCCAAAGAAACCCUCCGCCCGGAUCGAGCGCCUACCCGUGUGCUUAUGAUAUCCAGAUUGAAGAGGCGACGUUCUCCAUGGCGCGGUAUACGGCAUUUGUGGACUCCAUCGCAGACGAGGUCGCUGUAUACAAGCACAAGCAGAGUGCCGCUGUGGCGAAACAGGAGGCAAUAGAGGCCGAGCUACUGGCGCAGUGGGAGGCCGAGAAGGCUAAGAUUGCGCAGGACAAUGGACCCAAUGCCGUGGACACUACAGCGGAAGGGGGCGCUUCGGUGACCUCUUCCAUGUCGGCGUCGAUUUGGAAAAUACGCUGCGAGGUCGGCGAUGUGGUGCAGUCCGCAGAGGACGUGUUGGUCAUCUUGGAGGCCAUGAAGACGGAGAUCAAUGUCGAAGCAGGCGAAGAGAACGUAGGCAGGAGGGUGAAGGCGUUUGGCAGGGGCAUCCGGGAGGGCACGUCAGUCAACGCCGGCGAUGUUCUGGUCGUUUUCGAAUGA